CGCCGCGAUGUCAGUUAAGAGAGCAUUAAAGUUGGACGCUGUUAAAAAAGAUAAUCCAUCUGAUGAAACACCUUUGAAGACCAAAAAGAAAAAUCUAAACUCUUACUCACCGACAACAGGAACACGCCAAAUGAGUCCAUUUUCGUCUCCCACGAGUCAUAAUGCACAAAAUCUCAGAAAUCACCCAUCAAAUGGAAAAGGAACUGAGCAGAACGAUUCAGAAAGCAGAUUAUCCAGAAGAGGGCAGCCUCAAACAGAGGAGGAUGCGUUCAUGGAAUUGCAGUCCAAAGUGAAAAGUUCAUUGGUUAGAAUUCUGAAAAUAAGAGCAAAUCUGACAAGCCUACAGGCUUUAGAGGGCAGUAGAGAGCUUGAAAAUAUUAUUGGUGUCUCGGACUUGUCUUGCGUCUUGAGUGCUGAAGUGCAGAAAACCCAAGUGCUAAUGAGUCAAGCAGAAGAACUGCAGCUGUUGAAAAGAAACCAUGGAAAACUUCCUGCCCGAGAGUAUGUUCAGACUGCCAGUAGCUCCGCGUUCCUGAAGUCGCUCCUUGACUGAGGCAUUAUGUGAAAAAUGCAUUCCACAGCAACCCAAAGUUCUACAUCUGCUUGACUGUACUUAAAAGGAGAGAAGAAAUGAGUGUAAACCUAUCUCCCCAGCAAAUACCAGUUCGGGAUUGCUCAUUGCGCUAGGCAGGUGCACAUCUAGAUAAAAUUUCUGGCAUCUGUUUAAACUUAACAAUGUGCACAACCAGAUAAUCUCAAUGUAAAUAAUACAUCAUGGUUGGCUUAUGCAAGCGUGUGUACAAAAUGCUGAUUUAGGUUUGCUGCUGCGUGGAAAAUAAAACUACAUUUUCCGUGUGUUCUUACUGCAAAUAGAGAAUU